AAUCAGCAGGGGAUCAAAUACUUUUUUCCCUCACUGUAGCUCAGUUUUUGGCCAGCUCCAAAAUAACAAUCCCACAAUUUCAACCAGUGUUAUAACUGUUUAUUACAGAUUCAUAAACUAUCAGUACAUUAAUAAUGAACAGUUUAUAAACUCAGUUUAUGAACUACUUAACUAUUUGUAAAUCCUUUUCAUUAACAGCUAUACAAACGUUAUCAAAAUAUGCUUUAAUACAUUUUGAUUGUGAAGUGUGGAUUGUUACAAAAUGGGAUGAUACACUUUGUUGUCAUUCUGUAUGAUGUUGAUAGCUGAAAGACCACGUGUUUCCAAAAUGCAUAGGAGCGUGAAAUAUUUUUCAUUUCGCGUCAUGUUGCGCUUACUGGAUCUUCGACGUCAUAAUCGCUUCUUUUUUUUUCAGUCCAACUAUAAACUGCAAAGUUGCUGGACGAGCACACUCGUGUUGUAAAGCUCUUGCCUAGCUGCCUAAACACAAGAAGCCUGUUUUGACCGACGCAACAACGGUUGAAAGAUGAGACUCGCACCUUUGUUGUGUCUUUUCAGUUUUAUUUGGUUGGCUGACUGUGCACCACCGACAUGCUAUUCCCGAGUGCUCGGCUUGAGCAAGGAAAUAAUGGAACUUUUGGAAAAAGUACACAAUUAUCAUCGCACGAAAACAUGCGUUGAGAUUCUGCCCAAGAUGUUUCUGGAUGUGCACAAUUCGUGCAUCAUUACCAAGCUCCGUGACUUUCUUUAUGUCAUGGAGAACCUGCCUACGCACUACUGCAGAGAGCGACCCAGGAUCAUGUUGUUGAAGCGCAAAGUCACCAACCUGUACACAAUCAUCAACAGAAUCUGUUAUCGGGACCUAGUGUAUUUUACAGAUGACUGUGAGGCCAUUGAGACUGGCCAGAGUACCCCUCACUACAGAGAGGACAGGCUCCAGCUGCUGGUGGAAGAGAAGAGAUGAGCCCAUCCAGAGACAAACACACAUGCACGCUUGCACGUGCACACACAGCACACACACAGGAAUAGAAUUGUGAGGGCAUGUAAACUCUGUUUAACUCACAAACACACACAUAC